CAAUUUAGUGUUGCUGUACAAUCACAAUAAACCGCAAUACGUGUCCCAUUGUAAACGAUUUGUUUUUAUUCAUACACAUUAAAAAUUAUUUAAAAGUGCGUUAUUAAUUUCGAAGACCACGAAUAUAUAAAAAAGAAUCCUUAUCUACAAGACACCAUUGAAAUCAAAAGUUAUUCAAGACUAGCAUAUAAAUAAUAGUACUCGAACAUUUAAUUAUUUAUUUGAUAAAUCAAUCAGAUAUAAGUAAUUUGGCUCACGAUUACUCGAAUACAUUAGUUUUAUCAGCAUUUAACUAUUAAUUGUAGGUCCCGAUAAUUGAUUAACUCUUAAUUUUUAUAACUAGCCUACUAAAUUUUAACUUAAAAUGUUCCCACUUCUACUCACAAUAAUUAUGGGGGGAAUUAUUGUAAUUUACUUUGCUAUAAUUCCGAAAAUUAAGGAGGCUCGGAUGCAGAAGAAAUUAGAAAAAUGGAACCAUACCAAGAAAGAUGUGGUCACAAUGCACGCGAUCCCUCGAGGAGGAGCAGUCUCACAUUCAUCGCCUUUCGUCGUCAAGCUGGAGACGUGGAUGAGGAUGGCAAAAAUUCCGUAUGAGACUGACUUAACUCUCGCCGACGCUCAUGGACCGAAAGGACGCUUUCCAUGGAUUUCUCUCAAUGGGCAGCAUCUCGGUGAUUCCCACCUUAUUAUCGACUUCCUUAAAAAAAAAUUCAAUAUCCAAUUAGGAGACGAAUAUAGUAAGGAACAACUCGCGAUUGGUGCCACGAUACGGAUUAUGAUGGAUGAUCAUUUCUUUUGGGGUAUCGCCCUCUACCGAUACGUUUACGGCUCCUUUUCCUCUCUUCGCCAAGUAAUGGGAAAGUUCGUGCCGGCCUGGCGAACUUGGUUGUUACGCCUUUAUAUGGGUACCCAAUUUUCAACAAGGUCAAAAGGUCACGGGAUUGGGCUACACAGUUGGAAAGAAAUUGAACAGCUGACCCUACAAGAUUUAAAAUUAUUGUCGGAAUUACUUGGCAAUAAAAAAUAUAUUUUGGGUGACACCCCAUGCGAGUAUGACGCUUCAGUGUUUGGUCACCUGGUCCAGGUCAUGUGGGGUUCACCGGGGUCAAUUUAUCAAGAAGCUGUCGAAAAGGAUUUAAAAAAUCUGAAAUACUACACGAUUCGCAUCAAGGAAACGUUUUAUCCGGAUUGGGACAAAUUACUUGAAGAGGAAUAAUAUAUUUCAGAUUGUAUAAUGUCGCGAAAUUAAAUAAAUAUAUGAUCAUACUUUGUACAAAAAUUUGUUAGUAAAAUUUUUUUACGAUUCCGAACACUUUACAUACUUGUUAAUACAACAUGCUGACGUCCCAACAAGUAGUUUAUACUUAUUUGUUGGUUUUUAAUAAUAGGGUGUCCCAACUUUGUAAAAAAAAAUCGCUUUUUCCGCUCA